UGUCACUGAUAGCAACAGUCAGUGUUGUUUUUUUGUGUGUAACUCUCACUCACUCACUCUACAACAGUUUUACAUCCACAUACAUCAGGCUGAGAUGUUCAGCUCCGUCAUGGACGCACUGCAGGGUUUUGGGGUGAGCAGUACCAACUACCUGCAGACUAACUAUCAGGACGCCCAGGGUCUGUUUCUGUGGGUGUCCUGGGCCGCAGACCUGAGGAACACUUUCUUCAUCUUCUUCCCACUCUGGUUUCACCUGCGGGCCUCAGUCGGCAUCAAGCUCAUCUGGGUGGCAGUGAUUGGGGACUGGUUGAAUUUGGUGUUUAAAUGGAUCCUGUUUGGAGAACGGCCAUACUGGUGGGUUCAUGAGUCCCCUUACUACGCAAACAGAGUUGUACCACAUAUUGAGCAGUACCCCAUGACCUGUGAGACUGGACCAGGCAGCCCCUCAGGACACGCCAUGGGUGCCGCUGGUGUCUACUACACCCUGGUCACUUCCAUCCUAACCCUAAUGAGCAGCAAGAAGAAACAUGCUACCAAGAAAUCUGCUAACAGAGAGUGGUAUCUGAAGGCACUUCUGUGGACACUGUUUUGGGGGGUCCAGGUGUGUGUGUGUCUCUCCAGAGUCUUCAUCGCCGCCCACUUUCCCCACCAAGUCGUUGCUGGAGUCCUGACCGGUAUGAUCGUGGCCGAGGCCUUCAACAGAACUCAGUGGAUCUACAAUGCCAGCAUGAAGAAGUACUUCUACACUACCCUUUUCUUGACCUCUUUUGCUGUGGGCUUCUACCUACUGCUCAAAGCCGUAGGUGUGGACCUGCUGUGGACCAUCGAGAAAGCCCAGAAGUGGUGCAUCAGAUCCGAGUGGGUCCACUUGGACAGCACGCCCUUCGCCAGCCUCCUGCGUAACAUGGGCACCCUGUUCGGUCUGGGCCUGGGCCUGCACUCUCCGCUAUACACCGAAAGCAAAAAAAGCAGCAACAAGUGGGUGAAAGCAGGUUGUGUCGUCAGUUCUCUGCUCCUGCUCCAUCUUUUUGACUCCUUCAAGCCCCCGACCCACACUGCUGCACUGUUUUACCUGCUAUCCUUCUGCAAGAGUGCCACCGUACCUCUGAUUUCCGUCAGUAUUAUCCCAUACUGCGUCAAUGCUGCUUUAGGCCUGCAAAACAAAAAGUCAGUGUGACAAAUGAACUCAGCUCCUAGAAACGAAUACAACGUGGGAGUGCAGAUUCUUCCAGACAGGAAGACAGUCACUCAUGUUUAGAACUGAUCUUCAAAAGAAGAGACCAACAAUUGUCACUGGUGCUGCUGUUUGGACAUCAACUAUGUGAAAAAGGGCAACACAAAGGAAAGGCACUAAGAUAACACUACAUUUCAAAGAUUGGCUUUAAGAUUUGUGAAAAACAAAGAAAAUAAGUUAUACAGAACUGCUUUUCUGUGUUUGUUGCUAAGUCAGUUUGAGGUGAAUGUCAUUUUGAGUAUAACAAUGUGUUUUGUUACAGAAAAUAUUUUUUAACCUUUGGCAAUAUUUUUUAAUAAAAUGAAAUACGUAUAAUGA